AUGACUCCCCAGGUCCAGCCCCUUCACUCCCCAGGUCCAGCCCCUUCACUCCCCAGGUCCAGCCCCUUCACUCCCCAGGUCCAGCCCCUUCACUCCCCAGGUCCAGCCCCUUCACUCCCCAGGUCCAGCCCCUUAACUCCCCAGGUCCAGCCCCUUCACUCCCAGGUCCAGCCCCUUAACUCCCCAGGUCCAGCCCCUUCACUCCCCAGGUCCAGCCCCCUUAACUCCCCAGGUCCAGCCCCUUCACUCCCAGGUCCAGCUCCCUUCACUCCCCAGGUCCAGCCCCUUAACUCCCCAGGUCACCCCUUCCUCCCCAGGUCCAGCCCCUUAACUCCCCAGGUCCAGCCCUUCACUCCCCAGGUCCAGCCCCCUCUACUCCCCCAGGUCCAGCCCCUUCACUCCCAGGUCCAACCCCUUCACUCCCCAGGUCCAGCUUCUUACCUCGAUCUGCCCAGAUCCAGCUCCUUCACUCCAGCCCCCCAGAUCCAGCUCCUUCACUCCAGCCCCCCAGGUCCUGCUCCCCAGGUCCAGCUUCUUACCUCGAUCUGCCCAGAUCCAGCUCCUUCACUCCAGCCCCCCAGAUCCAGCUCCUUCACUCCAGCCCCCCAGAUCCAGCUCCCUUCCUCCAGCCCCCAGAUCCAGCUCCCUUCCUCCAGCUCCCAGGUCCUGCUCCUUCACUCCAGCUCCCCAGGUCCUGCUCCCAGUGCCAGCUUAGAAUAG